AAAAUUUCUCGCGAUAACUUAGUACAUCCGGCGUAAUAAGCCUCAGUGAGCUACACCGGAGAAAUAGAGGCUCGCGAGAUCUCUGCAGUUGCCCAGGAGACAAGGAGGAGGAGCGGUGAUCUCGCGAAAGAAACGCCGCAGGGAGAGCUCGCGAGAUCUUAGACCACCGGACCCGAAAGGUUCUUAGGGAGUUGAAGGGCCUCGAGGAGGCCCGAGAACAAAUGGCUGGAGCUGGGCCGACCAUGCUGCUACGAGAGGAGAAUGGCUGUUGCAGCCGGCGUCAGAGCAGCUCCAGCGCUGGGGACUCAGACGGGGAGCGCGAAGACUCGCCGGCUGCGCGCGCCCGGCAGCAGCUGGAGGCACUACUCAACAAGACUAUGCGCAUUCGCAUGACAGAUGGACGGACACUGGUCGGCUGCUUCCUUUGCACCGACCGCGACUGCAAUGUUAUCCUAGGUUCAGCGCAGGAGUUCCUCAAGCCGUCGGAUUCCUUCUCUGCUGGGGAACCCCGUGUGCUGGGCCUGGCCAUGGUACCCGGACACCACAUCGUUUCUAUUGAGGUGCAAAGAGAGAGCCUGGCGGGGCCUCCCUAUCUCUAACCAUGUUCGCGCAUGCCUUUCAGACUUCAUUAAACCUAUAACCCAAGUGGC